AACUCGCAGCAGACGAAGACGACUACAAUCGGAAUAUCGACGCUAACGCGCGCUGUGCCAACACAUUUGCAAAGUGUUAAAAAUUCUGCUAUACGCAUUUUUUCGAUAAGCCUAAAAGUAUACUAGGAAUUUAGGAAAAGUGUAAACUGCAGUUUUUGAAGUGCGAACUACACUGUGUAAAACUAAAAGUUUUAACAAGUAUUACCUGCGCAAGCCGAACCUACGCGUAAUACGCAAAAAUAAUUAGACAGUGAAAUACGAAAUACGAAACACCAACACAAUUGAAGAGUACAGCACACAUAAUAUUAUAAAAUUCAAAACAAAAAGUAAAAGUAUUUUUAAUAAUAAGAGAGUAUUAAGGUAAAAUUUGAAAGUAUUUGUUUUCGAAAAAAAUCACCAACUUGGCUUACUCACUAAGUCAUUGAAAGAGUUGGCGAGGUGCAAGCGACGAAAGCGGCCUAUAGUAAAAAGUGUGAUUCAUACAAUCCUUGCUACCUGCAGGCAUCGCGUAACCGCAAUUGUCCGCGGCAAAACCCACCCUCACCAGUAACAACAAAACCAAUAACAAACAUCCUUACCACCACCAAGUACAAAGUACAAAGCAUAGAUUUCGAAGGAACACGCUAGAGCGUAUGGAACUCGUCUGGGAACAGCAGCUCAACAACACACCGUAGAUAAAUACGACAUCGACGACGACGAGGACGACAACUUCGGGAAUCGCGAAGACAAUUCUCUUCGAUUCAGCGAAUAGUAAUUACAGCUGCUUGUUUAUUCGUGUGAGCCAUAUUGGAAAAAUCGAUUACGUUUUUCGAAGUUUUCAAACGCAACGCGCAUUAACCCAAUCAAGCUCAGAUAAAACAAUAAAAUAGUUAUUUGUGAUUAGUAAAAGAAAUUACCUAAACGUUUGAUGCGUAGAUGUAGAUGCGCUUGGGAGUUUUCAUAGAUUUCGGUAAAAAAAAAAUUCAAUACGCGUUAUUCAACAACGUCAACAAGCUCGUGGUGAACACUCAGCACGACAACAACAAAUACAACUAAGAAUCGACGCAUUAACAGAUUUGUUGCAAUCAAGAUGGGCGACGAGUAUAGCCCAGAUGUCAGCUCCAUGGAGACAAUAAUUCCAGCGAUUUUGGGGUUUGCUGCCGCUGCAGCACUCUCAGCUGUGGUAUACAUUUGCGCAAAGCGAAUACGUGCACGCAACCGUAAGCAGAAUCAGCAUGACGCAUCAUUUCCCUUUCAGCCAACGCGGCGCCCAACUGCUGUGCGCUCGCCAAGCGGCCAACCACCACACUAUCUGAAAAAAUCUCCAUCACCGACCGGCACCAAACAAUUGGGCAUUUUGCAACCAAUGCAAGAUCAGACCACCUCCCCGAUUGCACCGCCGACUAUGAAAUAUGUGGAGGAAGAUGAGAUACAACCAACCCGACACAGUCGCCAGCUAAUGAACGGGGAACAGAAGCAUUCCCCUACCAUUGAGACACACGCCACCGUCGUUGGUCAGACCACGGGUGGUAAUGGCAACAAUAAUGGUCACAAUCACUAUCAUCACCAUCAUUUGAGUGCCAUGGAAGACACAGCCAAGGAAUUGACUAUCGAUCAGUAUGGAAAAUUAGGCACGAUUUACUUUAAGUUACGCUAUUUGGCCGAACGCAAUGCAUUGAUGGUCUCGAUUAUACGUUGCCGCGGCUUACCCUGUAAGAGUGGUGGUGGCGGUUCCGGUACCGGUAAUGGCGCUAGUGGUGAUGGUGGCAGUAACAGCAAUGGCAACAAAAACGGUUCCAACGGUUCUAAUGACUUACCGACAGGCUUGAAUGGACGUACUCAAACUGCCACCGAUCCGUAUGUAAAACUUCAACUGUUGCCCGACAAACAACAUAAGGUGAAGACUCGCGUUGUACGCAAUACACGCAAUCCAGUAUAUGAUGAGGAUUUCACAUUUUACGGUUUGAAUAUCAGCGAUCUACAGAACAUGUCGCUGCACUUCGUUAUACUCAGCUUCGAUCGUUAUUCGCGUGAUGAUGUCAUUGGCGAGGUAGUUUGUCCAUUAUCAUCCAUUGAAAUCGGAGACAUCUCCAAGGAGGCACUUUCCAUUAGCAAGGAAAUACAGCCACGCAGUUUAAAGAUUCGUGCUCAAGGACGUGGCGAGUUGUUGAUUUCACUGUGCUGGCAACCAGCUGCCGGUCGUUUGACUGUUGUCCUAUUGAAGGCCCGCAAUUUGCCCCGCAUGGACGUGACCGGUUUAGCUGAUCCAUACGUUAAGAUCUAUUUGUUGUAUAAUGGACAACGCAUUGCGAAGAAGAAGACUCACGUCAAGAAGCGCACACUGAGUCCAGUAUUUAAUGAAAGUUUCGCGUUCGACAUACCUGCUGCAGAGGGUAUCGGCGCCACACUCGACGGUGUUUCACUGGAGUUGAUGCUUUUGGACUGGGAUCGGGUUACCAAGAAUGAGGUAAUUGGUCGUUUGGAACUUGGCGGUCCAAACUCUGGUGGCACAGCGCUGAACCACUGGAAUGAAGUGUGUAAUUCACCACGAAGACAAAUUGCCGAAUGGCACAAGCUCAACGAGUAAGAUAACAACAACAAGUUACAGUAAAACAAUGAAAAGUGGAGGAAAAAUAGACGAAAACUAUUUUCGGCUUGAAAUGUAUUUCUGCUGUGGGCACAGAUUUUGUACUGAAAAUAUAAAACCUGCUAAAUUAUGUUAAAGUAAUGCAAAACCACUUACGCAUACAUACAUAUGUAUGUGUAAACAUACCACACACAAUACAGAUGUAAGCAAAUAUAUGUAUGUUUAUAUGCUAAACGCGUACAAAAGAGUUUGAACCAAAUGAAGUUCAUAAUUCCAAUUACUAAUGAAAGCGCAAGUUUGCAAAACUUAUAAAUCAACUUUCGAUUAUAAAAGUGCAACAGCAUGCUCACCUAUAACUGUAAUAUAAGCAUAAACCUGUACGUAUUAGCAACGCAGUUCCAAACAUGGAGAGAUAACAGAAACACACACACACAAUCAAAUGUUGAAUUUAUAAAAAAACUUACACUUACAUACUUUUAAAAGAAAUUGAUGAAGUGAAACGCAAUUAAAGUAGAAGUGUGUGGAUUUCUUAGCAAAGGAUUUCAAUUAGUAGAAAAUUUUUAUGUAAUUUUACGAUAAUAUUUAGAUGGAAGACAUUCUUUCUAGAUAACUGCGUGCUUUUUCUGUUUUUAAAAACUUUUGUUUCCGCGUUUUGCCCUUAAUUUAAGUUAAAAAUUACCACAAACGCUUUAAAGGCGUUUAAUUUUCAUACAAUAAUGUGCUUUGUAAGAAAAAUAAGAAAUUUUUUUUCUCUGCCUAAUUUAAAGCCUUUUGAAUGUUAAACAAGUAAGCUUUUCUUUAUAUAAAUAUUAUAUUUUUUUGGAAUUUUAAGAGUUUCGCAAAGAAAACACCAAAUUAUAUUCAAAAUAUGUAAAAUAUGUUUGUGUAAAAAAUAGUUGUAUGAAUAUUUAGCAGACUGUAAGAAAUUAUUUGUAAAAUAUAAUACUCAAUUACAUAUAUAAAUAUACAGAACGGAGGCGCGAAAUUGCUACGCAGUUGCGGUUAAAAAACAGUUUUUGCGCAUUUUCAACACAUACUAACUUUUUUUUUGAAAAACUUAAGUUUGUUUAACACAGCAAAAAUAUUCUCAACUAACAUUUUAGCAUAUUGAAAACUGUUUUAUGACUGUCUUGAUAAAACAAGUUACAACAGAUACUUGCUCAUACAAAAUAAGCGUAAUACUGUAAAACAAAAACAAAAAAAGGGAAAGUCAAAACCUGCACAAUAACUUUCCAUAAUAAUCUGUAGUCUUCUCAACCUAUAAACUACUGCAAGCCAAUGCCCAAUCAACGUAAAUACAGAAUUCUUUCAGAAAAACCCAGUCUAAUAAAUAAAUAUGUCUCGGCACUCAAUAUUUUUUCGAUUACACAUACAUACAUACGUAUAAGCCAAUGCCCAACACACGUAAAUACAGAAUUCUUUCGGAAAACCCCAGUCAAAUAAAUAUGUCUCGGCACUCAAUAUUUUUUCGAAUACACAUACAUACAUACGUACAAGCAUAUUUAAUACGCAACCGUUUUUAAAGUAGUUAAGCACACGCAUAUACAUAUAUGUAGAUAAGUACAUAAUACAUACAUACAUUCAAAUGUUGCAGAUUAGGUGGGAAAUGCAGCAUGCUUCAACUGGGAAACCACAAAUCUGAAACAUUAAAAAUACACAUACGCAUAUGUGUGGAGUAAUAAGCUUAAAGUGAAGCUUAAAGUGUAGUUUUAAUAGCUGUGAGUGUGCAAAACCGUAACAGAUACCGAACCGUCAGCAGUACAAUAAAUGCUAUAGAUGUUAAAUAAAAGAGAAAUAACUCAAAACAACCGUACGCAUGUACAUACAUACAUACAUAUGCACAUGUGUACUUGGUAGAUAUGUUUGUUUGUAAAACGCUGGAAUACGUAUGUAUAUUAGUUUGAUAUUACGACAUUUAAAAAAUAUACUCAACGCAUUGUUUGACCAGUUUAAAUAUAAAUAAUAAAAAAAUGAUAAAAUGAAAAGCGAUGAAAUAUAACAGUAUGUUAAAUGAAAUUGGCAAUUUCGUUAAAUUAGUAAAGAAAUCAUAAAUACUUCAACACAAUGCAAAUAAAGUAAAGCACGUGAAGCCAAAGGAAAUCGAAUGAAUUACUAUAUAAACUCAGCUAGUAAUAACUGUGCUUUGGCUCAUACAUAUAAUAUAUGUACAUAUUUAUGUCCUGUAAAUACAUACACACUCACAUGAAGCCACACGCGUAAUUAUUUUGCGAGCAAGUCAACAUAAAUUAGAAAACUAGAAAUAUAUACAUACAGAUACGUACUCGUAUAUUCCACAUGCAGUCACACCUAUGCUAAAAUACAUAAGUAUGCAUAAGUAUGUAUAUGUACUUGUAAAUAAAUGCCGCUCAAAAAAGUUUAAAGUCCAUAACUAUUACAUACAAACAUACAAACAUAUACUAUAUGUAAGUGCAAUCAGAAGCAUAUAGGCUAACGCAAAUGAAAAUUUCUCUAAACGCACCAUACAAAUAUCUGCGCUAAUACGCCACUAUAGCCUAAGUUAAUGCGCAUAAGUGCUCCGAUGCUUAAGAAUGACAGCAUUAACUUAAGUGAACUUCAGUUGCUUUAACAAAUUUCCGAUGAUACACAAUAUUUAGAUCAAAGACUCCAUCUGUAGCGACACCAUCAUAUUUUUCUGGGGGGUUUUUCCUUCUAACAUAUUGAUAAUAUUGAUGUUACUUCUUGAAUUCUUGUGAAUAUGAAUUGCAGCCUCUGAACCCCUCCUUACAAAAUUUCAUAAGGCUUUAGUUUAAGCCAUAAAUACAUAAACAAAGAGGGUUCAGCGUAUAUUAAAUUUUGCAGCAAGGUUUGUAUCACCCAAAAGAAACUUCGGGUUCCUUAUAAAGUAUAUUCUUAUAUACAUAUGUAUAUAUAUACUCGUAAAUAGUCAGCGUGGCGAUCUAAGUCGAUUUAGCCAUGACUGUGUGUGUGCGAAGUCGCGCAUUUGUCGGAACCGUCAAUAUCGGACAAGCAUAGCAUAUAUGCUGUACAAACUGAACGAUCAAGGCUUGAGCCUUUGUAUUUGUUGCCAUAUCUUCACGAAAACAUCGCCACAAUCUCCCAACGAAUUGUUCAGAUCGGUUCACCAGAGCAUACAGCUACCAUGUAAACUGAACUAUCCAACUCACGAUAAAGUUCUUUUUAUACUCCAUUAUGCCGUGAAGGAUAUUAUAGCUUCGGUGAGGCUGAAAUUAACGUUUGUUUUUGUUUUGAUAAUUUUUUAAUUGUUCAAUAAUAUUCAAUUUGAAAAAUCAAGAAACUUCCCAGCUUGUUUGUUUCAUGUUUUAUGGCAUACACCAUUUACACUAUUCACUUUAUGAAAGCUUUACUCACUCAUUUGCUGCACAUCCUAAAAGGUAAACAAAUAUACUUACAUGAUACUGGAGUAAAAGCCUUGAAAUGUGAAACCACAUACAUAUGUAUGUACAUAUAUGUAUGUUACUCAGAGGAAUAGAUUAGAAAAAUUUUGAUAUACUAUUCCACACACUUUUUAGUUAUGUACUGCGUUGGAAGUAACUUUGCAAAAUCCUUAAUGCCAAAACUUCAUUCCUCGUAGAUAUGUAUACGAUUGCUAACAUACAUAUCCUCCCUUAGAAUGCAAAAUAACGUAAACUUACUUUUCAUAAGUUUACAGGCGAAAGGAAAACGUUCUAAAAGAAAACACUCAUAUUGAAACAAUAUUUUGGUUUUCCGUCCCCAGAGAUAACCUACAUAUGCAUCGGUUAUCUCAGCUUGAAAUUUUACGAUAUUACAUACCCAUAUGUAUAUUAUGAUUUGGUGAAUCGUAAGCAAUACAAAAACAAAUUUCAAAAAUUACAGGACGAUACGUAUUUAUGUGUAUGUACAUAUGUACAUACAAGUAUAUAGAAAGUCAUGUAGUAAUUAAACAAAUUCUGUAUAUCUGUGACUUGAAACUAUUUGAAAUUUCAACGGAAGGUUAGAAGCUCAAUACGGUUCGGAGCUUAAUUCUGCAAAUACCGUUUUCAGAGAUGACUGCUUUGGACUAGAAGUUCUUUGCUAUUCCAAGUACAGUUUUGAAGAUACUGAUACUUCAAUGAUGAAUGUUUUGCAUAAGAUAGUCUUUCCGAUUCAAGGCUUAACUCUUCAAAUACUGCUAUUUCAAGCUUCGCUGGCUUAAAUGUUCUUCACGAUUUAAGGCCUAGUUUAGAAAGUUCAAAUGCGCUUGUUGGAAAUAUGCUUAAGAAAAGGUGUAACAAAUUGCAUUAGAAGUUGUAUCUUUUUUUUUAAAUAACCGAAAGCAACCAACAAUAUGAAGCCGAAAGCCGCAAAAACAAAAUUGACAAAGAAACACUUCAAUAAAUAAAUAUUUCGUAAAAGAAAGUGAAACUAAAAAAAAAACAAUACAAAUACUGAUAUAUAGAGCACUCAUAGUUGUCUUUCUCUCAAAUACUCUGUUAGAUGUAAAUUAUAGUAAAAUAUUUACAUGGUUUAAGUAUGUAUGUAAAAACCAUAAACACAUAUGUACUUCAUAUGUACGCAUACAUACAUAUAUACAUAAGAAAUAAUAAUACAGUAAAAUCUUUGCGUACAGCCGCAGACUACAUAUGAACGGAUGUAUUUAAUAAGGAUAGAAAAUUAUUAUUAUAUAUAUAUACUUAUAUAUACUAAAUAUAUUUAAGCAACCCGGAGCUACAUACAGAAAUAAUGUAAGAAAUAUGUAAAUCAAACAGACGCAUUCAUGAGUUAAUUGAAAAGUGAACACCCUGUAUGUGUCUUAAUUUAAGAAUAUUUACUUGUGUUUACAUGCUUGCCACUGCAUAAAUGCAUGAAAAUCUAUGUACACACACACACACCCACACCCAUACACAGAUGCAAUGUAUGAACAUUACAAAAAGUGAAUUUAAAGUAAAAAGAUUGAUGCAUUAACUAAAAGCGAGUAGCUGCAAAAAUGGAAACAAAACACACAUACAUAAACAUAUUAUAUAAAUGAGUAAAUAAUAUAAUAAACUUAACAAAAACAA